UCUGGUGUGAGAUCGAGACAGACAGAGACGCGACCAUCAUCAUCAGCUAAGCGAGCAAGCAACCAUGGCUAACCUUGCGCUCCCACUAAUAACCUUGCUUGCGCUCCUGGGGUCCGCGGCGUGCCAAAACAUGAUCUCUUAUCCUCCAAGCCAGAGCCCACUGGGUUUUAACCAACCUACCAAUAAUCCUCCGAGCCCAAGCCGGCCCGCUAUUCCUCAGCCUAGCCCCGGUCCAGUGGGAGUGACGGCUUAUCCACCAAGUCCAAGUCCAUUGAGCUCAACUCCAGCACCACCACUAGCUUAUCCUCCCAACCCAAGCCCUCCCAUUUAUUAUCCACCUAGCCCGAGCCUAGUGACCUCGACUCCACCUGCAAAUCCUCCCAGUGCAAGUCCUUUUAACCCAUCAAUCCCGCCUACUUACCCCCCCAACACGAGUCCAAGUCCAACCACCUACCCUCCGAGCACUAGUCCGGGUCCAAUGGCUUAUCCUCCGAGGGCAAACCCACCAACAAUGUAUCCUUCACCAAGCCCAAGCCCAAGCCCAAGCCCAAGCCCAAGCCCAAGCCCAAGCCCAUCAACCCCAAUUCCAUCCACCUAUCCGGCUCCAAGCCCUAGCCCAAUCUCGUCUAGCUCAAUAUCAAGUCCACCCAAUUACCCUCCUAGUAGUACUAGUCUAAGCCCUGGCCCAAGCCCGGCUCCAUCAGGGCUUAGUGUCGGUUACUACAGGUACUCGUGCCCCAAUGCGGAAGGCAUCGUCAGGGAGGCCGUGAAGAACGCCACAGCCAGUAACCCUGGCACGGGCGCCGGCCUCAUCCGUUUGUUCUUCCACGACUGCUUCGUUGAGGGGUGCGAUGCUUCUGUUCUCCUCAACACAACCGGCUCCGCCCAACCCACGGAGAGGGCCAGCGCGCCCAACCUGAGCCUGCGCGGCUUCGAGGUGAUCGACGCGGCCAAGGUGGCGCUCGAGGACGCCUGCCCCGGCGUCGUCUCGUGCGCGGACAUCGUCGCCUUCGCCGGCCGCGACGCCACCUACUUCCUCAGCGGCAACGCGGUCGACUUCGACAUGCCGGCGGGGCGCUACGACGGCCGAGUGUCGCUCGACAGCGAGGCCCUCGCCAACCUGCCGCCGCCGUUCGCCAGCCUGCAGCAGCUCAAGGACAUGUUCGCCGCCAAGGGGCUCGACACCGAGGACAUGGUCACGCUCUCCGGCGCGCACACCGUCGGCCGCUCCCGCUGCUCGUCCUUCUCCGACCGCCUCCCGCCCAACGCCUCGGACAUGAACGCCACGCUCGUCGCCUCGCUGACCGAUCAGUGCGGCGGCGGCGGCGACCAGACGGUGCCGCAGGACUUCGUGACCCCCAACGGCCUGGACAGCCAGUACUACAGGAACGUGCUCAACCACGAGGUGCUGUUCGGGUCGGACGCCGCGCUGCUGGCGUCGAACCAGACGGCUGGCAUGGUGAGAGACAACGCGUUCACGCUGGGGCUGUGGGAGGCCAAGUUCAAGGCGGCGAUGGUGAAGAUGGGCCGCGCCGGAAUCAAGACCAGCACCAACGGCGGCGAGAUCAGAAAGAAGUGCUGGAUGGUCAACUAAGUACCCGCUACUAAUCGGAAGGUUUGCUGUGAUCACGUACUACUGCUUCAUCAUGCACGCCACAUUAAAUUAUGGUGCCUGCAUGUGAUUGAGGAUUAUAGAACACCGUUUAUACAAUUUUUUUUCAACCACCAACUGUACAUGUACAUGUCAUAGAACACACAUAUACAAAUUAUAAUGAAUUUUAAUUAUUUUU